AUAGAUCCUAUAUUGUGCUCCUGCAAACCAGAAAUCUCAUCAGUUUAGUCUCAACUACCGACACAAGCAGCAGCAAAAAAACAGGAGCAGCAGCAAUAAUAGAGCUAAGCCUCAAAUAUACAUUUUAUUCUACUGUUGUACAUUGUAGUAUUGGUAAAAUGGAUUUAAACCUGUCAACACUGUAUGUGGGUGAUCUGCACCCCAACGUAACAGAAUCCAUGCUGGUGCAGAAAUUCAGUCCUCUGGGCCAAAUUCACUCUGUCCGCGUCUGCAGGUGCUGGAAAACCCAUGUUUCACUUGGCUAUGCAUAUGUCAACUUUUACCAGCAACUUGAUGCUGAGCGUGCAUUGGCGAAACUCAAUUAUGCUAUCCUUAUGGGGAAGCCAAUGAGAGUCAUGUGGUGUCAGAAAGAUUCCACAUUGAGGAGGAGUGGUGUUGGAAACUUGUUCAUUAAGAACUUGGAUUUGGAAACGACUAACAGCACGGACCUUUUUGAACUCUUUUCAUUCUUUGGGAAAGUCCUGUCAUGCAAGUUUUUCACUUACAAGAAAGGGCCAAAAGGGUACGGCUAUGUCCAAUUCGAGUCUCAAGAGGCAGCGGAUUUGGCAAAAGAGGAACUUGAUGGCAAACUUCUUAACGGCCGUAAAAUCUCCGUUGAACACUUUAAAUCUUGUGAGGAACGUGAAGCUGAGGCACCCAGGACUUCAGCAAAAAGCCGCCGCACCCAGGACUUCAGCAAAAAGCAGGAUUUGCCUUUUCUGCUCCAGAAAGAGGGCCUGGACCUCUACGUGAAGAACCUAAAUGAGCAUAUAAAUGACAAGUUCCUACAAAGGAAGUUCUCCAAAUUUGGAACUGUUACUGGAGCAAAGGUCAUGAUGCAGAAUGGCCGCUCCAGGGGGUACGGCUUUGUGCGAUUUUUAUCUGCUGAGGAUGCCAUGAAGGCUAAGGAGGAGAUAAAUGGCACUGUGUGGGGCGAAAUGAAAGUCUUUGUGGAUGUUGCUUAUUGGUGCAAAGAUCACCAGAAUACCCCUGUCCAUAGUAAUGUGAAGAGGACGGGGAGAGUGCAGACUCGGAAUAUGGCUCAAAGAAAGCCACAAGAUCCAGCCGUCGAAGAGGAACUAGUCCCACUUCUAGAUCCAGCUGUUGCAGAGGAACCAGCUUCACCUCAAGAUCCAACUGUUGAAGAGGAACCAGCACCACCUCAAGAUCCAACUGUUGAAGAGGAAACAGAACCACCUCAAGAUCCAACUGUUGAAGAGGAACCAGCCCCACCUCAAGACGGCUAUGUCCAAUUUGAGUCUCAAGAAGCAGCAAAUUUGGCAAAGGUGGAGCUUGACGGCAAAGUUCUUAACGACCGUACAAUCUCCGCUGAACACUUUAAAUCUUGUGAGCAACGUAAAGCUGUGAUGAAUAACUACACCCAGGGCUUCAGCAACAAGCAGAAAGAGGGCCUGGACCUCUACGUGAAGAACCUGGAUGAGCAUAUAAAUCACAAGUACCUACAAAGGAAGUUCUCCAAAUUUGGAACCGUCACUGGUGCAAAGGUCAUAGUGCAGGAUGGCCGCUCCAGGGGGUACGGCUUUGUGCGAUUUUUAUCUGCUGAGGACGCUAUGAAGGCUAAGGAGGAGAUAAAUGGCACUGUGUGGGGCAAAAAGAAAGUCUUUGUGGAUGUUGCUGAUUGGUGCAAAGAUCACCAGGAUGCCCCUGUCCAUAGUAAUGUGAAGAGGACGGGGAGGGUGCAGAUUUGGAAUAUGGCUCUAAGAAAGCCACAAGAUUCAGCCGUCGAAGAGGAACCAGUCCCACUUCUAGAUCCAACUGUUGAAGUGGAACCAGCACUAGCUCUAGAUCCAGCUGUUGAAGAGGAAAUGGCUCCACCCCAAGAUCCAAAUGCUGAACAGAAAUUAGUUCUAACUCAAGAUCAAGAUUCAGCUAAAGGGCGUUCAUUAUUUAGAGAGGGCCUGGACCUCUACGUGAAGAACCUGGAUGAGCAUAUAAAUCACAACUACCUACAAAGGAUAUUCUCCAAAUUUGGACCUGUCAUUGGAACAACGGUCAUGAUGCAGGAUGGCCGCUCCAAGGGGUACGGCUUUGUGCGAUUUUUAUCUGCCGAGGACGCUAUGAAGGCUAAGGAGGAGAUAAAUGGCACAGUGUGGGGCGAAAACAAAGUCUUUGUGGAUGUUGCUUAUUGGUGCAAAGAUCACCAGAAUGCCCCUGUCCAUAGUGAUGUAAAGAGGACGGGGAGGGUGCAGACUCGGAGUAUGGCUCGAAGAAAGAAGGUUCAGCCGAGUAAAAAAGUUGUCACAGAAAAGCCACAAGAUCCAGCCUUUGAAGAGGAACCAGUCCCACCUCUAGAUCCAGCUGUUGAAGAGGAGCCAGCAUCACCUCUAGAUCCAGUUGCUAAAGAGGAACCAGCCUCAUCUCAAGAUGGCUAUGUCCAAUUUGAGUCUCAAGAAGCAGCGAAUUUGGCAAAGGUGGAGCUUGACGGCAAAGUUCUUAACGAACGUACAAUCUCCGUUGAACAGUUUAAAUCUCGUGAGCAACGUAAAGCUGUGACGAAUAACUACACCCAGGGCUUCAGCAACAAGCAGAAAGAGGGCCUGGACCUCUACGUGAAGAACCUGGAUGAGCAUAUAAAUCACAAGUACCUACAAAGGAAAUUCUCGAAAUUUGGAACCGUCACUGGUGCAAAGGUUAUGAUGCAGGAUGGCCGCUCCAGGGGGUACGGCUUUGUGCGAUUUUUAUCUGCUGAGGACGCUAUGAAGGCUAAGGAGGAGAUAAAUGGCACUGUGUGGGGCAAAAACAAAGUCUUUGUGGAUGUUGCUAAUUGGCACAAAGAUCACCAGAAUGCCCCUGUCCAUAGUAAUGUGAAGAGGACAGGAGGGUGCAGAUUUCUAAUAUGGCUCCAAGAAGGCCACAAGAUCCAGCCGUCGAAGAGGAACCAGUCCCACUUCUAGAUCCAGCUGUUGCAGAGGAACCAGCUUCACCUCAAGAUCCAACUGUUGAAGAGGAACCAGCACUAGCUCUAGAUCCAGCUGUUGAAGAGGAACCAGCCCCACCUCUUGAUCCAGCUGUUGAAGAGGAACCAGCUCU